UUCGUUCUCGACAAGCUACCCACUGCCGACGGCGCCGCUUUCGACUCCCAAGCCGAGGGCACCGCCCCGACCUGCCACCGCGACACGCGAGUCGAUCUUCUCCGCCGGAUACGCGAAUGGGCCGAUCAGCCCGGCAACCAGCCCCAGGCACACGCCAUCUUCUGGCUCAACGGCAUGGCCGGCACCGGAAAGUCCACCAUAUCCCGCACCGUCGCCCGCCACUUCGCAGACCGCCGCCGCCUCGGCGCCAGCUUCUUCUUCAAGCGAGGCGACGGCGACGGCGGCAAGGCCGCCAAGUUCUUCACAACCGUUGCCGCCCAGCUCACCCUGCGCUGGCCUGGCCUAGCGGUGCACGUCAAGAAAGCGAUUGACGCCGACCCAACGGUAGUCACGAAAGCGAUACCGGAACAGUUCGAUAAGCUCAUCUUCGCGCCUCUGCAAGCCGCCUCCCCGGCCCCAAACCUCAUUCUAGUAGUCGAUGCACUCGAUGAAUGUGAACGGGAGGAGGAUGUGAAGCUGAUUAUCCAUCUUCUCUCACGCGCAAGGACCCUUAGAUCGCUGUGCUUAAGGGUUCUCCUUACAAGCCGGCCUGAGCUUCCCAUCCGCCUUGGCUUUGCAGAGCUUAACGGCACGUACGAGGACCUCGUGCUCCACGAGAUACCCGCACCGAUUCUCGAGCACGAUAUUGGCGCUUUCUUGGAGACCGAGCUAGCAAGGAUCCGGGAUCAGUACAAUGUCUCAGUCCCUCCAGAUCGCCAGCUAGCUACGACAUGGCCCGGCCAGUCGACAGUCCAAGCCCUAGUUGAAAUGGCCAUCCCGCUGUUUAUCUUCGCUGCCACCGUAUGUCGCUUUCUGGCCGACCGUAAAUGCGGCAACCCGGAUAAACAGCUACAAAAGGUUUUAGCUCACCGGACAAGAAGCCAGGAAUCGAAACUUGAUGCGACCUACCUUCCAGUCCUAGACCAGCUACUCGUCGGUCUUUCGAGUCGCGAAAAGGAUAAUGUCCUGGAUCAGUUUCGACUAGUUAUUGGGUCACUCAUCAUCCUCGCAAGCCCUCUAUCAACCUCUUCGCUCUCACGUCUUCUC